AUGAACAGCGCUGUCGAUGACAGACACCAGCACUUCGCCACUCUCCUGCCUACUUCUCAAAAUUUCCGUCAAAUCAUUCCCGCCGCCUCAUGCUGUUUUCGCACGGCACUGAGCCUUCCUUAUCCAUUCCGGAGACCUUCGCGCCACGCUGCGCAAGUCGCUCCCUGCCAAUUUCAUCUCCAGUUUGCCAUGCAGGUUCCAGGCAAUGAGACGCCCGCAACUCCAACCACGCACAUCGACAUCCAAGAUGAUCGCGCGGCACCACGCGAGGAUGAUGAGACCAACCACAGAAUGAAAAAUAGCAAAGGGUGGGACGGCAAGCUUCGGGUUCCCAAGGCGGCUCGCGUAACAAACCCCGAGGCCCUGUCCGAUCCCGACUAUUCCGAUGACAGCAACGUCCUGCCUGGGCAUGAGAUAAGUGCCGACGAAGACCUUCUCGACAGCGAAGAUUCAGGAACCGAAGAAAUCAUGUGCUCUCAUUCCCGCAUCAAGUCCAUGUCUUCCCUGCGGCUGGCGCGCUUCAAGAAUGCGGCCCGUAUUUGCCUGCGGCAGAACAACAUCCAAGAAAUUGAAGGCCUCGAACCUUUGGCCGCGACACUCAAGGAUGUCGAUCUCUACGAUAACCUUAUUUCCCAAAUGCGAGGCCUCGACAAGUUAACCAACCUAACCAGCCUAGAUCUCAGCUUUAACAAGAUCAAACAUAUCAGGAAUAUUAGCCACAUGACCAAUCUGAAGGAGCUUUAUCUCGUCGCAAACAAAAUCGGCCGGAUCGAGGGUCUGGGAAGCCUUGCGAGCCUCACUUCCCUCGAGCUGGGGUCCAAUCGGAUUCGAGAGCUGAGCAACCUCGACGGCCUGAACCGCCUGGAGGAGCUAUGGGUAGCGAAGAACAAGAUCGCAGACUUGGGGGGGCUAGGUGGGUUGCCAAACUUGCGGCUUCUGAGCAUCCAGUCCAACCGAAUCCGGAACUUGGCACCGUUGAAGGACGCCGUUGCGCUGGAGGAGCUCUACAUCUCUCACAACGCUCUGGAGUCCUUGGAGGGCAUCCAGGCCAACAUCAAUCUGAGAGUGCUUGACAUUUCCAACAAUCAAGUGGAAAGCCUCGAGGGCCUGGAAGUGUUGAGCAAGCUGGAAGAAGUCUGGGCUAGCUAUAACCAAGUGGCAGACAUCGGCCAAGUCGAAAGAGUGCUGAGGGACAAGGAGCAUCUAACGACAGUCUACUUUGAGGGUAACCCUCUUCAGCUGCGGGGGCCUGCUCUCUACAGAAACAAGAUCCGUCUCGCACUGCCCCAAGUCAGGCAGAUCGAUGCAAGUAAGUUGCAACUGUGUACACCUUGA